ACUAAGAACGAUUUAGUUUUGGUGUUCGGUGGAGGUAACGACGAACUUUUGGGUGUACUUCUUCGCCUCCUCCUCAUUGUAGAACUGCAAGUGGAAUUUUAAUUAUUUAAUACUGAACUGGCGCCGAGAUUCUUACGAUUUCCGGUGGUGCCAAGUGCUCAGGACGAGACAUUUUACAAACUUUAUUUAUUUAUAUGUGGUAACAUAACCUAAAAAAAGCACGUGAAAUUAAUUACAGGAUGUGGUUACUACAGCGGCACCGAUUUAUUAGACUAGUCUAUGUUGAUCAUAGGUGGCGCUUGCGUAAAUGUGGAAUGUGGAAGGAAUACUCGUGUAUGGCGCUGGGACGCUUUGGGAAGGCUACCUGGAAAUUAUAGAUAAAGAUCUGGUCCGGAAACUUUUAAUGCUGUUCAGAAAGUUCUUUUUAUCGACUUCUUAGUCCUCUUCUUGGGAGUUUUUUUAGUGCACUUUCACUUUUAAAAAAAGUGCUCUUUACGCCUGUCUCUGUCUGUUUGCCUGAGUCACAAAGGCUCCGUAGUUUUCCGUAGAACUCGAUUUUCGGGUGCUUUUGAGCACGAAUUCAGUGAAUUUCGAAACUUUCUACUGUCAGUGCUGGGCACGCCUUAGACACAUCGGGUGAGGAUUUAGUAAAAACAGGACAGCGUAAAUGAUGGCCCAAGAAUGGAUUUCGAUCGCCCCAACGAUUUCUUGUGCGUUUCAGAUUUUUUCGAAAACUUAGGGAUUUUGGAUUUUUUCCCGAAACAAAAAAUCUCUAUUGUCUCUAGAAGCUCUAGUUUUUCUCGUCUUUUUUGCCUCCUUUACCUCUUCAACCAUCUUAGCCUCUCUUUAUUGUUUAUUGUCCCUCUUGUUCUAGGCCCUCAAUAGGCUUACGCCCAAUUACAGAGUGAUCCACAUAAUGCUUUUGAGAGGUACCACUGCAGAAGGUCUUAAGUUGUUCUAUACUUCUCCGGUAUCUACCUUAGUCAUUAGGAAAACUGCAGAAAAGUCCAACUCUCUACCACUGAGGUACAUCGUCGGUCACUCCCUUUCAUUGUUUCUAGAUCCCUUAUAGCCAGUCUACUAGUCCCUUUCGCGUAUAUAUUAUGUAAACUGUUGGUUCACCCUGUAAGAUGCAUUUCAAUUAUUUUUUAAGCGUAAAUGUGGUUGUUUAUUUGAGAUUAAACACACUGUCGAUCAUUUGAUGUGUCGUAAUUAUUUUGUAUCUAUUUAAUGUUCUAAAUUUGUUUAAAUAAUCGUCUAGCAUUUUGUUUAUUUAAUUGUAGAGUAGCUAUUUCGUAUUAAAUGAUUCUUUUGCCGGUCGUUGCGAUAAGAAAUUUGUUACCGCUGAUUAAAUUUCAAGAUAAGCACGUGUUAUUACCGUAAGAAAACACAUGUGUCGGAAUUCAGUCAGUGAGAACUGAAACGAAAAGGGUAGGAUGCUUUAAAUACAUGAAGCAGAUGUGACUAGGGAUUCGUUUUAGUGGUGAACGUUAAUUGGUUUUUUAUGGCUUGGUGGACGUUGCAACGUAGCCGGUUUCUUUGGUUUGGUGUUCGGCAGUUAGCCGUACUUAAGUGUAUUUUCGCAAGACAGUCAGUCGUGCCAGUUGUAAAGUUCGUUGUACAGAAAGUUAAGGAUUAUUUAGGCGAGCGGUAUAAGUCGAAAUCAAGAAGUGAAGUACCGAAGAAGUUAGUCGGAGUGUUCAAAGAGCCAAUUUUGUAAUUACAACGCACUUAGUGUUCAGGUACAAUUAAAGUAAAGAAGAGAACUUUAGAAGCAAUAUCACCUGGUGUUUGUGCAUCAGUUAAAGACAAUCGAAAUUGAUCGGGUGCAAGGAUUUUUAACAUUUUAAGGUAAUUCGCAUUUCUUUUAACUAAUUUCUUCUAUCGAUUGCUUGUACGUGGUAUGUGUCUAUGCCUAUUUUUUCAUCUUAAUUGAUUUUGUCGAAUAAAAAUCAUUUCGCAUUUGCUUAGUACCUGGAGUUUAAUUGAACUGGGUGGGUGGUUUAGUGACGACCAAGAAAAAUAGGACUGAGGCAUAGAGGGCGAUAGCCAGGAAGCGCCGGCUCCAGGAUGAAACCUCGAGUCAAGCAGGCCCUGCACCAAAGCCUGGGUCCUGGCUCAAAGGGCAACCCGACGUUAGGGACCAAGUGUUUCAGAUUGAAGGGAAGCACUUCGGGGCUUGGCUCAGGGUACCCUGCGAAGAAGCCUAGAGGCUCUGGAGCCCCAAUAGUUGCGGGUGCACUACGAACCUCUAGGUAAGUCGCUGCGGCGGGGCUCAGGGUGGCCAUUGUUCCGGUAUCGCAUUCGGAGGUGGAGAUCACUGAGCCUCAGUCGAGGUGAAUUAUGACGGCAUUGAAUGCAGUUGACGACAUGGAGGGGGGAGGCUUUCCUCGGCUGGCAGGGUCCCGCUGGAACCCGCAGGGUGCCAUUGUGGGCAAAUGCGAGGACUUUGGACUGCUUGGAGAGGACCGUCUGAAAGUCCAGAGGCACGUCCCUAGGGUAAUCAAGGUGAUGGUGGUGUUAUACGGCGCCCCGGAUGACACGGUCAUCAUCUUGAAGCUUCUCCAGAGGCAAAAUCAUGGUUUCAGGACGAGCCUAUGGAGGACGUUCUUCCGCAGGGAGUAGCCUGGUAGGGUCCUCCUCGUAUUUGGUGUCGACCACUCGCGUCGGGAUUACUAUAUAUACUACCGGCGCCGGAAAAAGGGACGGAGGUCACGCUUAAACAUGAAAUCUGUAGAUAAAUAAAUAAAUGUGACAUAAAUAAACAACAGUUUAUCUGAUUAAGCACUUGACCUUCCCUAUCAUAAUGGCGCAAUUACCCACACGGGACGACGUUUGGAUGUAAUAGAAGAUAUACCGUUUACAAUCAAUCAUGCGUUUGCUUCUGCACCUCGUGUGUACGUUACUCCUUCUCUCUUGCGCUAACUGCAUCGACGACCCUGGCGUCGUAAUAAUCGGUGCCGGCGCCGCCGGCAUAGCGGCCGCCAGCCGACUCUACAAAAAUGGUUUCAAAAAUCUUACAAUAUUAGAGGCCGAAGACAGGAUCGGCGGAAGGGUUUACAGCCUGAAGCUUGGAGACGCGUACAUCGACCUGGGGGCGCAAUGGUGCCACGGUGAGAAGGAUAACGUGGUCUACGAGUUGGUCAAGGAUUUAAACGUGCUAAAUGACGACUUCUUCGUUCCGCUAUUUUAUCACUCGAAGCGGAAGCUCAUCGAUACCGAAUUCGCUGUCAAAAUGACCGAGAUAUUUGAGACGACCUACGGAAAUGUGAGUACUGAUCAGAAAGGGCCCUUGGGGGAGUACCUCACCACGAGGUACAACGAGGCCACGCGUGACGCGUGGAAAGACGACGAAGAUAAACUGGCGUUGGCCGCCGACUGUUUGCAUUCGUUCCGGAUUUGGGUGGAAGGAUACGAAGCGGCGUUCUCCUGGUUUGAUGUAGCGGCCAGUAGCAUCUACGAGGUGUGCGAGGGUAACUCGGCGCUCGGUUGGAACGGGCUGGGGUACAAAACAAUUCUCGACGUCCUGAUGGAGAAAUCAGCCAAGUCGAUUACUGACAAAGUUCUCCUAAACCACGUGGUAAAGCAAGUCGUCCGGAGCGAUUCCAAGGUUGAGGUGAAAUGCACCAACGGCGCCAGCUUUACCUCGGACCAUGUCAUUUGGACGCCAUCUCUCGGCGUCUUAAAGCGCGGCUACAAAACUUUGUUCACACCACAGCUCUCCGGCGAGAAAGUACAGGCCAUCCAGACACUGGGCAUGAAUGCUGUUUUAAAGGUCGGCCUGUAUUUCCCCACGAAAUGGUGGAACGACGACUUUAGAGGCGUGGUGUUUUCAUGGGCAGCAAGCGACUUGCAAAAAUCAGGGGAGGCGUUCCCAUACGGUCCCAAAACUGGGAACAAAUCGUGGAUUACCACGAUAAUAUGCGUGACUUCAGUUCCAAAAAGUCCAAACCUGCUCCUGGCGUGGCUUGCAGGUGCGCUUGUUCCAGAAAUUGAAAAAACCUCGGAUGAGACCAUCACAGACGGAGUCAUCUACACGUUACGCGAGUUCAUGGGCGAGGACUACCCAAAUAUCACUCGACCGGACAGAGUCAUACGGAAGAAUUGGUACAUCGAUCCUCAUUUCCACGGCACGUACUCGUUUGAGACGGUGGAGUCUCGAAAACUGGGCAGGCCGCAGGCGGAGGUCCUUGGGGAGCCCAUCCUAUCGGAUGAGGGAAAACCGAUCUUGCUUUUUGCGGGAGAAGCUACAAAUCCGAGACACCACUCGACUGUCCACGGGGCGAUCGAGUCGGGAUUCAGGGAGGCGGAUCGUUUAAUUGAACUUUAUCGAAGAUUUUACUCCCCCAAGGGGAAGAUUCGAGCAAUUCAAACCUUGGGAAUUGAGGCUGUUUCGAAAAUAUUCUUCCAUUUCCCCGCCAGAUGGUGGGAGACCGUGUUCGAAAGUGUUGCAUUCGUAUGGACACAAGCCGACCUGCAGACUGCGAGCCUGGAAUAUACGGACGAGCCCAAAAUUGGUAACAGAUCGUGGAUCACCACAAUCCACUGCAUCCACCCACUCCAAAGAAACCCCAACGUGCUUUCGGUGUGGUUCCUCGGCCCGCUGGUACCGGAAAUCGAGCGGCUGUCCGACGAGUCCAUCAUCAAGGGCGUGAUGCACGUCUUGCGAAAAUUUCUGUCGGAGGAUUACCCGACCAUCUCGCGCCCGGAUCGGAUUAUAAGGAAAAAGUGGUACUCGGAUCCGAACUUUGGCGGUAGUUACUCGUUCGAAACCGUCGAGUCCCGAAAGCUUGGCCGAUCUCAGGCGGCGGUAUUGGCCGAACCGAUCAGCGCGUCGGAUGGGAGACCGGUUAUUCUGUUCGCCGGGGAGGCGACCAGCACGAAUCAUUACUCAACAGUGCAUGGAGCUAUUGAGACGGGGUUUAGGGAGGCGAAUCGCAUUAUUGAUUUUCAAGGUCAGUUAAGGUCUUGCCACGCAGUUCUCGGCACGGUCGCUAUUCGUAUAGUUUCCACAGUCUCGAUAGUGCUCAGUGGACAAAGCUCCAGACCCGGACGGCGCGGCGUGCCGGGAGUAGUCGUCAAGGGUCUGGCGUUAGAGAAACCUGACAUGGCGGCGAUGCUAUUUACCAAACUUAUUAUCAACGGUUGUUAUCCCGAAGGCUGGAAGCGAUCUUUAGCUCUCUGUGGCAUAUGUUUCUGGCAUGAGCUACUCAUCAGUAUCAUCCACGUUCUCCAGAUCUUCGGACUACUUCCUGCAACCUUCCGUCGUCCAUUCUGCGCGCAUUCCACCUUGGGUUUGCGGUUUUCCUCCAGAGGUUUCCAGGAUUUCUCACUCGCUUACUAUCACCUGGAGCUCGUCCGCAACGAAGGUGACGUCUGCCCUCUUCCUCCGAACUUGGUUGCGUAUGGCGACGAAUUCCAAUUCCUCCGUCCACUCCAUAAUCAACCACCCCCUCCGGUAGGCCACCAUGCUACCCCAAUCGCCGCCUUCCGUAGAAUAUCUGUGUCUUUGCCGUCGCUGACCGUUAUCAAUAUCUUCUUUCCGUCACUCGCUUUGGCGACCCCCUUCAUGGCCUCGUACACCUCAUGUACCAUCAGUCGCGGGUCUACACAGUUCUCCCCAAUGAAUCCUUUGAUCUCUUUGGAUAUGCGCUUUCCUCCAAAACCUCAACAGAAGGUCUCGGUCGUGUCCGUGGCCCAUCCGUCAAAACGUCCAUUCCGCGAAGGUGUGACCGUAGCCGACCAGUGUGCAAUUAUUGCUAAUUUCCAGAUUGCGUCAUUUCAUUGGCAGGUAAUCGAACCGACCUUCACAUAUUAUUUUCAGUUUGCGUCGGUGGAUCAAUUUUGUAACGUCCACUUUAAUCUUCAUCCAAUGCGUUCGAUUUUAGCGGUACUAAUUGCUCUCCUCUCGUCCGUUGAGUGCCGUAAAGAACCCAGCAUUGUAAUUAUUGGUGCUGGAGCCGCCGGAAUUGCUGCGGCAAGUACUUUGAGCCGUCAUGGAUACAAGAACGUCACGAUUUUGGAAGCGGAAGGUCGCAUCGGAGGUCGAAUCUACAGCGUGCACUUUGGAAAGUCGCUGGUCGACCUGGGGGCACAGUGGUGUCACGGCGAGAAAAAUAACGUGGUCUACGAAAUGGUGCGUGACUUGAAACUGCUGAAGGACGAUGAUAUUUUGCCGGAACUGUACCACUCGACCUUAAAGCGCGUCGACUCAAAAUUUAACGCCCGACUAAACAGCUUAUUUGAAGAUAUCUACCUCGACGAAAACUAUGGGGCUGAGGGAUCUCUGGGAGACUUUUUGGCUAAGAGGUACAAAGCUGAGAUACGCAAAAUCUGGAAGAGCGGUGAUAAACUGGCGUUGGCAGAGGAGUGCCUGGACCUGUUCGAACGGUACGUAGAGUCUGAGGAUGGGUCGUUCUCAUGGUCCACGGUAGCAGCCAGCGGAGACUUUGAGACUUGCGAAGGAAACCUGGCGCUUGGUUGGAAUGGCUUGGGUUACAAGACGAUUUUGGACGUUUUAAUGCGUCAGGCUUCCGGACCGAUUGAGUGCAACAUCGCCUUAAAUAAAUCGGUUACUGGAAUUUCACUGGAAUCGGACAAGGUCCGCGUGAGCUGCUCAGAUUUGAGUAGCUACACCGCCGACCACGUCAUUUGGACCCCCUCCCUUGGCGUGCUCAAGCAUCUCCACGCGAAUGUUUUCAAACCAAACCUCCCCAAGGAGAAGGUUCGAGCGAUUGAGACCUUGGGAAUUGACGCCGUUUCGAAGAUAUUGCUCCAUUUUCCCGCUAAAUGGUGGGAUGCCGAGUUCGAAGGUGUUACAUUCGUAUGGACUCCAGCUGAUUUGCAGAGUUCCAGCCUGAAAUAUCCGGAGGGGCCCAAAAUUGGCAACAGAUCGUGGAUUACCACAAUUUACUGUAUAAUCCCACUCCAGAAGAACCCCAAUGUCCUUUCUGUGUGGUUCAUCGGCAAACUGGUACCGGAAAUCGAGCAGCUGUCCGACGAGACCAUCAUAAACGGCGUGAUGCACGUGAUGCGACAAUUUCUAUCGGAAGAUUACCCGAACAUCUCACGCCCAGAUCAGCUUAUAAGGAAAAAUUGGUACUCGGAUCCCAAUUUUCGCGGCACUUACUCGUUCGAAACCGUCGAGUCCCGAAAGCUUGGCCGAUCUCAGGCGGCGAUCUUGGCCGAACCAAUCAAAGUGGCCGAUGGGAGCCCGGUUAUUCUGUUCGCCGGAGAGGCUACGAGCACGGUUCAUUACUCAACGGUGCAUGGAGCCAUCGAGACGGGAUUUAGAGAAGCGAAUCGCAUUAUAGAGUUAUAUAAGUGAGGUUUUAGACCUAUUUCUUGUAAGGUGGCGGGUGUGCGUUUUGGGUAAUCUAAUAAAGGUCUUUGGUUAA